AGUCCCAUAAUGUACACAAGUCAGAUUAGUACCAGUCGUAUGUCCUGGUCGAGCUCUGAAGCAUGCAGUGAAGAGGCCCCAUCUAGUACCACACGUGAACCAUACAAUAGAGCUUGGAACGAACCGGCAGAGAUACUAAGCUAUGAUGGCAGAGCGUAUCGAGUUCGAUUCAAGCAGAGAAUACUGCGUGGCAAGGAGCUUAGUCGCGUUUUGCCCUUGAUUCACCAGCUGCGUCUUAGAGAUGGCUUCCCAUGGAAGAAGCCAAGACAUAUAGAGAUACAGAAUAACCUAUUGUAUCGGGUUCGCUGGAAAGACCGAAGGACGGACCCAGGCAAUCUGCACACGCAGGGGUACUUGCUGCACGACUUCUGGAGCGCCAAGCACGUCGAGGAUCAGUUCCGUUAUCAGCAAGGCAUACUACGCUCCAACGCGGCAGGACAAUCCCUUGAGACAGCACGAUCGGAAUGGCAAGUCGGAUACAUCUGACUGCUCUACAUUGAGGUCGAAUGUUCGUGCGCAGUCGCUAAGUCGAGAGGCAGAUGAC